GAAUCGAGGAUGAUUCCGUUCUUGGAGAAUGAAUUCGUGUUCAGCGACUGGGUUUCAUCCGGGUUGUCCAUUGCCAUAGCUUUCGCCAAGGGUCUCACGAUGUGGCAACGAGCAAACUUGCAGGACGCCCGAUUAGAUAUAUCGGUUACAGAACAGGGAGGCACUGUCGCGCAAGAUCUAGAAAACAUUUGCCGAUCGCUUUUCAGCGGGCUGCGUGUCGUGAGGCUAAGGAUU